AUGGGUAGCCAAAACCUUGAGUUCCACGUCUUCUUGUUCCCUUACAUGGGUCGCGGCCACAUACCGAUCUCAGAUAUGGCCAAGCUAUUCGCAGCGCAAGGAGCGAGGACAACCAUAGUCACAACUCCUCUCAACGCUUCAACAUUCUCCAAAGCCACUCAGUCAAGCAAAACCAAUUCCGGCAGCGUCAAAGUCGAAAUCAAAACCAUCAAGUUCCCUUCUGUAGAAGCCGGUCUGCCAGAUGGUUGUGAGAAUCUCGACUCACUCCCCCCACCAGAUGGUUGUGGACAUCAGUUGGAUCCAUCCCCGCCGUACCUGAGGUGCAGGCAUUGCAAAGAGCGGCUGCUGAGGGGCGUUCAGACGCUGACCUGCGUCUUCUGCGGCAGAGAACACUGCAAGGACCUCCCUCCCGACCCCAUCAAUUUCCGGGAUACUUUUGGGUACCGUUGGCUGCUCCAGUACCUGAGCUUAAGUGGAUCGGAGAUAGUGGAUUUACCUGUUGGAGCAAAUGAAUUAAACAGAACACAGACUGCGCGGAAGGAUGAGUUAAGUCUGGCUGAUCUCUUAAAUCUUGAAAUAAAAUGGACCUCUAAGCCAGAGAAAAUUGAGACUGAUCUCCCAAAUGAGAUCCCUAAUCUGCUCAAAUUACCAGAUUUGGCUGGAGUCAAUCUCGACAACUUUUUCUUAGAAGGAAAGAAAGGUGGUGCUUUGAGUAAUUCCGAAGAGUUGUUCAGGUCUAGCACACAGAUUGUCGGUAAAGAGCGUUUCCAAGGUCAUGAAACUCUUAGGUUGUUUGAGAAUGUAAAGCCUUUUGAGACAGUUGUGCAGACUACUGAAGGAGAGAGUGGUGAUUCUGGUUGGGCGGCAAGUUUUCAGUUUGCUGCUUCUGAAUCACAAGCUUCUGGAAACCUUCCUCAAGCUUCUGAAACCCUUCCUCCGGCCUCUGGAAACCUUCCUCAAGCUUCUGAAAUCCUUCCUCGAGCUUCUGAAAACCUCCCUCAAGCUUCUGAAAGCUUUCCCCAAGAAUCAAAAUCCCUUGACCGCUUUGUGGGUUCCACGGUGGAUCUUUCUGCCUACAUAGGCACAGUAUUUGGAUCUGUAGUGGACUCAAUGAAUGAAAAAUCAAACCAUAGUGUGACUGGGUCUGCAUCCAUGUCCUCCAACUGGUUUCAAGAUGAUCUGUUGGGCGUUUCCAACUCUGGGUUUCUUGAGGGCCUGAACGGUUGGAAAUCCUUGCUGAGGUGAGGGGUGGAAUAGCUGAAAAUGUGAAUAACUCUUUUCCUGAUGGCGUCGAUUGGGUUCAAGACAACCAAUUGCAGAUCAUUAGCAACAAGGAUCUUGAUAGUAAGACUACUUUGGAGAAUGAUGAUUCGUUUGAUGCUUGGAAUGAUUUCGCAAGCUCGAGUAAUGCACCAAAUAUUGUGGAUAGUUCUGUUAAACAAAAGUGGUGUGGAUUGGGUUCAAGACAACCAAUUGCAGACCACUAGCAACAAGGCUCUUGAUAAUAAGACUACUGACGCGGAUGGUGAUUCAUUUGAUGCUUGGAAUGAUUUUGCUAGCUCGAAGAAUGCAUCAAAUCUUGCAGAUAAUUCUGUAAAACAAAGUAUUAAUCAGACGACAUCUGUUGACCAUACUUCAGAAACAAAUUUGUUCGGCACUAGCAGCUCCAGUGACUUGGAUUUUGGUAGCUUUUUGCAACCAGAUUUCUCACCAGGAGCAUUGAACAGUUCCAACAGUUCAACUGUAGUGGAUAGAGUGCACCUAGAGCCUUCUGUAUUAGACAGGUGCUUAUAUAAGCCAACAUUUAUCGGUGCUAUUAUAGCUGCAGAAUCCUGUUUCGAAUCACCGUGGAAUGCUAAUUUGCCGUUUUCAAUAAUGUAAUACGUGAAGCUUCAUGGAAACUGCUUGUGCUCGUUCUUUAAAGAACCUAUGUUAACUCCUUCUUCUGUUGCGUGUUUAGGUUGGCUGAUGCAAGCACUAACGAUGGCAAAAAAUCUGAAGAUGUGGUGGAGGGCGGAGAUGUUUCCAGCGUAAGAGCAGGGUCAAAAUCUGACGAUGUGGAGAGAAUAAUGUCAGAGAUGCAUGAUCUCUCGUUUAUGCUCGAAAGCACUCUUUCAAUCCCUCCCAAGUAAGACGGAUUACAUCCGCCCUCUAAAGAUUGAGACGUAAUUUAUUUAUGUGUUUUUAUCAUGCAAUGUUUGUUGUGCAUCAUGUAAUUCUAGUUUUAUAUGUUCCAUUUGUUCACAAUUUUGUAUUUUA